GAGUCGUAUUCCAUUAAAAAAAUUAUUAAAAUUACCUCACCACUCACCAAUGACACUAAACUGUAUCAUAUCGUCGUGUGGCAUCUUUUGGAAAAUCGUAAUAGUUUUUAAUCAGUUCUGUUCAGGUUGCGUUAGUGUCAAGUAGCUGUGGUUGAUUUAUCCAAUAAGUGGAACUUUAAAGUAACAAUUAAAAAAUGGAUAAUGAAAUUGAAAUGUGCAAUUCUAGUGAUCAAUCGUCUGAUGAAACGAAUCAAUCUGACACGAAUUAUAAUUUAAUAUCACAUUAUUAUCAGAUUUUAUUGAAUUUUCUCGAAAGUGGGAUGAAUUCACAGGCUCCGGUGGAAGUGAAUCAUCUGAUCUGGUCACAAUUUUUAAUUACAUUGUCUGCGCUCAUGUCAGCACAGGCUUUGAAUGGAGAGAAUGGUGUGAGGAUGGGGGCUAUUAAUGGAGCCCUAUCAAAUACCCCAACAUUCCCAAUAAACCUCUCGAGUGGAGAUCCAAAGAUAUGGAGCCCCGCAAGAAGCUUAGAGCAAGAAUCAGCACAACUAGCUGAUGACAUUGCAAAAUACACUAACCUCCAGCAACAAUCAGAAGCAAAGAAGAUUAAAAAGGAUGCAGAGUUAAAUGAUCCGACAAAAAUAUUCCCGUGUCCCCAAUGUGGAAAAGAGUUCAAGAGAGCAUCAACAUUAUCUACACAUAUGAUGAUUCACAGUAACGUUCGUCCUUUCGAGUGUCCUUUCAACCAUUGUGGUAAAAGAUUUCACCAGAAGUCAGAUAUGAAAAAGCACACAUAUACUCAUACUGGAGAGAAACCAUAUCAGUGUACGCAGUGUUUAAAAUGCUUCUCGCAAAGCUCUAAUUUAAUUACGCACCAAAGGAAACAUUUUGAUUUCAAGCCAUUUAUAUGCCUACAUUGUGAUAAGAGCUUUCAGAGGAAAGUUGACCUAAAGCGUCAUCAAGAGAACGUACAUAAUAAUAUUCAAAUUAAUUUAAUAUGAUGUUAAGGAACCCUUGCCUGAUACAAAAUAUACACAAACACGCACAAAUUUAAAGCUACAUUAGCACUUUAGAUAAUUCAUUUGUUUUUUUUUCGUUUACAUGACUCAUGACUUAAAUCUUCUUUUUUGUCCUUUUUCUUGUGGUAAGGAAAUGUUUUCUUGGACGAGAAAAGAUUUUUAAAUGAGGAAAUGUUGAGAAAAGAGAAUGAGCCUUGAAGUUUU